AUGGCCACUGUAGAGAAUCUCCAAAGAGAGCUGACUUGUUCCAUCUGUCUGGAUUAUUUCAAAGAGCCGGUGUCCAUAUUCUGCGGGCACAAUUUCUCACCUGCACCACUUUCUGGAGGAACAAGAGCGACCCCUGCUGGCCAGAUGGCGGAAUUAAAGGAGGAAAUUAUGAAGAUACAGGAGGAAAAUAUCACCACACUCUCCGCGGAGAUUUCCCGCGAGUUGAUCGACAUUGGAAGCGCCUGGAGCAGGCACGUGGCUCCUUCCGACUCCUUCCCCACCCCCGGCACCGUGCUGGGAAGGGGCCUGGGCAUCAGCAAACUGCCUGGGGAAAGUGAAAUGAAACCUGUCACUUUCCCCCCGCUGGGAGCCAUGGCUGCAGAGAGCCCUGUACAGAGUCUCCAGGAUGAAGCUUCUUGUUCCAUCUGUCUGGAGUAUUUCAAAGACCCAGUGUCUAUCCACUGCGGGCACAACUUCUGCCGGGCCUGCAUCACUGACUACUGGGAAGAGUCAGAUAUCAACUUCUCCUGCCCUCAGUGCAGAGAAACCGCCCAGCAGAGAAACUUCAGACCCAACAGGGAGCUGGCAAAAAUUAUUGAAAUAGCCAAGCGGCUGAGUUUACAGGCAGCCAAAGGCUCAGGAGGUGAGCGAGUGUGUGAGAAGCACCAGGAGACCCUGAAACUGUUCUGCGAGGAGGAUCAAGCCCCCAUCUGUGUGAUCUGCCGAGAGUCCCAGGCUCACAGAUCUCACACUGUGGUUCCCAUAGAGGAGGCUGCCCAGGAGUACAAGGAAAAAAUCCAGAUCCAAUUACAGAUUCUGAAGGAAGAGAGAGAAAAGCUGAUGGGAUUGAAACUGACCAAAGAGGCAAGAAUCUGGGAGCAUCUGGAGCAGGUAGAAACAGAGAGGCUGAAGAUUCUGUCUGAAUUUGAGCAGCUGCGGCAGUUCCUAGAGGAACAAGAGCAACUCCUGCUGGCCCGAUUGGAAGAGCUGGACAAGGAGAUUGAGAAGAGAAGGGAUGAGAACAUUGCCAAACUCUCGGAGGAGAUUUCCCGUGUAAAUGACAUGAUCAGCGAGCUAGAGAGGAAGUGCCAGCAGCCAGCGAGUGAAUUCCUGCAGGAUGUCCAAAGCACCUUGAGCAGGUGUGAGCUGGGGAAGGUCCCGCAACUGGAGGAGGUUUCUCCUGAGCCAGAGAAAACCCCCAGCAGCAUCUCUCAUAAAACUAUUGCUCUAAAGGAGACUCUGAGGAAAUUCCAAGCGGAUGUGACUCUGGAUCCAGACACGGCUCACCCCCGCCUUGUCCUGUCUGAGGAUGGGAAAAGUGUGAGAUGGGAAGACACGCGCCAGCACAUGCCUGACAAUCCCAAGAGAUUUGAUUCUUCUCGCUGCGUGCUGGGCCUGGAGGGCUUCUCCUCGGGGAGGCAUUACUGGGAGGUGGAGGUGGAGGAUGGGGGAGCCUGGGCUGUUGGGGUGGCCAGAGAGUCUGUGAGGAGGAAGGGACGGGUCAAUGUUAACCCGGAGGAGGGCAUCUGGGCUGUGGGUCAAUGUGGGACUCAGUACCUGGCUCUCACCUCCCCCAAGAUCCCCCUCUCCCUUGCUGAACGGCCCAGGACCAUCGGGAUUUAUCUGGACUGCGAAGAGGGGCGGGUGGCAUUUUUUGAUGCUGAUAACGAGGCCCCGAUCUUCACUUUCCCACCGGCCUCUGUCCCUGGAGAAAAAAUCCUCCCUUUACUGUGUUUGGGGAGAGGAUCCCAGUUCAGACUGUGUCCCUGCCUCACAGGGUAUAAUAUAGAGCCUUAGAAAUACACAUGGUUAGCCUCACACGGCCCAGUUUGUCCUGGAGGCCAAAGUGUAUUUGUUCAUGUCAAACUCAAGAGAAGGGGGAAAAGGUAUAGACCUGUCUGUGUGUCCCAACACUGAUUCUGCAGGAUUCUAGCAGUUUGCAGGGACAUAGACUGGGAUGGAGGCAACUGGAACCAGA